AUGGAGUCACUCCCCGUCCUGCGCAGAUGCGCCUGGCAGACUUGCCGACGAGCCACAUCGCCUCUCUUCCUCGACUUCCUCGCGCCCUCGACCCUGCACCGCUACCAACGCCGCCAUGCCUCGACCGAACACGGCUCACCCGGCAGCUCCAAACCGCGCUACGUGCUCAGCAAGAAACAGCGCGAGUUCCUCGACAGCGCCCUUCGCGUUAAUCAAGCUGGUGAACUCGCCGCAACACUCAUCUAUAAGGCCCAAACGCCCCAGGUUGUCCGCUCGCAUCCACACCUCCGGCCCCUCAUGAAACACAUGUACGAUCAGGAAGCAGGCCACUUCAAGACCUUCAACCAGCUCAUCGCGAAACAUGAAAUCCGCCCGACGGCCAUGUAUCCCGUUUGGGAGGUGGCGGCGACGUUUCUAGGGUGGUCGACUGCUGCUUUGGGCCGGGAGGCUGCCAUGGCGUGCACCGAGGCCGUCGAAACGGAGAUCGGAUCGCAUUACAAUGAUCAGGUGAGAGAGAUCCUCUCGUGGGAGGCGGAUGCCCAGCGGCGUGGGGAGGAGUUGGACGAAGAGCUCAAGGAGAUGCUGUCGACUUUCCGCCGGAUCCGUGACGAGGAACUCGAGCAUCUGGAUCAUGCCGUGGCCAACGACGCGAAAGAGGCCAAGCCGUAUGAUCCGCUGGUGGAUGUGAUCCGUCUGGGAUGCAGGACUGCCAUCAAGAUCACCGAGAAGGUCUGA